AUUAUGACCCACCUGGAAAUGAAGAACUUCGAUAGACACUACGAUACACAAGACACAGAGAUAUCAGCACAAGAAAGACUACUCUACAACAACAACUGCAACAGCAGCAACCACAACCACCACCACCACCACAGUGGUGAUUCGGAAAAUCACUAUCAGCUUCCAUACGCCCACCGGCAGCAAAGCCCCUACCUGCACCACCAGCACUUACCCCACCAUCAGCAGGGAUCCUACAGCAGUGACGACUACAGCAGCAUCUAUACCUCACGCCAUCUCAACGGACACCCGUACCCACAGGGUAGUCUGCAGGACAAGUACACAGUGGCCUACCCCAUGAGGGAAGAACACGGAGCCAGGAGAUGCACCCGCACUUCAGGCUCAGGGAUUGUCUACCGCCCCAGACGCAAGUUGUACUGGGUAAUGGGGGCCUGGCACUUCUGCUGCUGGUUCUGGCGGCAACGGUUGUGA